AUGGCCUCACCCCACCCGGAUACCUCUACUCCGCCUACUUUCCAGCGCGAUGUGGACAUCUGGAUCGAAGAUGGGAACGUCGUGCUCGUGGCGGACCACAGCGUCGCCUUCCGCAUCUACAAGAGUCUCCUCGCCCAUCAUGCUACGAUCUUCAACGACAUGUUCUCCCUAAGCCACUCUGAUGUUGACGGUGAAGAGACGAUUGACAACGUCCCCGUCGUUCACCUUGCCGAUCCUCCCGAUGCGCUGCGUAUCUUCCUACUAAUCCUGAUUACUCCCCGUUGGUCACACCCGAAGCUUCCAGAGCAACUGCCGUUCUCCACAUUUGACGGCCUCCUGCGAAUAGCCCACAAAUACGAGGCGAUUCACAUCCUUCCACUUCUCUCCAAAUUCCUCGAUGCUAUCGCCUACAUUGCCCGGGAUGGGCUGUUGGGCGAAGACCGCGUAUGCCGCCCCGCCCCCGAGGUGGAAUCACUCCCAUUCGCGGUCCUGGUGUCCGAUGACGAUAUCCUCGGGGUCCUUGACCUCGCGCGAUGCAUCGGCGCGGACAACGCCAUUGCGGCGGCUAUGCUCUGGCAAUGCUGCCUCCGCGGGCCCGUAUUCCUGCGCGACGGUCUAGUCCGAGAAGGGGCUGUCGUCUGUCGGCUCUCCGAGGACGAUUACGUUCGAUGCGUAUCUGCUUUACCACGCCUCCUGCUCUUGCGCCGCGACAUUGUCCUUAGUACGAUGAACUCUACGAAUGCGGCGCUAUUCAAGAACUGCACGAAGCAGUAUUCCCGGAAAGACGAAUGCAGAAAUUCCAUCAACGCCCUUGCCUCCAAGUACAGGCAGAAACCCCCGGCUAUAGAGAUGACGAAUCCCGCCCCAGACGCGCAGGAUGGUCGGGUCUGGUACGGCGCAUGGAUGCAUCCUAGUAAUCCUACUACCAUGUGUGCAGCGUGUUCUAGCCGCUCACUCCAGGAAUUGGGGAACGCAUUUGACAUGUAUUGGCGUCAGGACCUCCCGAAACUGUUCCAGCUGUGA